UUGUUGUUCACAUUGUCAUUUCUCAACUUCCGCCCUGCCCAAACCUUGCUAAGUUUGUAUUGUUUGGACCAUUUCUUCUCAAGAGACACGCAAUUUGAUGUCGAUAAUGACAGCACCCAAGAGGGGCAGUGUGGGGGGGGGAUGAGCUGAACAACAUUUCAAUGCCAUAAAUUGACAAGUAAAUUAUUGUGAAGGAAAAUGUCAGAUUACAAGGACAUCAUUUGUAAGCCGGAAACCCUCAACUGGUUUAAGGCGGCUUUGGGUAUGAAAAUCACACGUGACUGCCUGCUUGAUAUUGUCAAGGGGGUAAUUAAGGAAUGUUAUGACAACAUCCGUAUAGAGAUCGAGAAACAGCGAAAAGGUGUUUUAAGGAGCAUUGUCUGUAAAACUUGUUCAACUGCAAAUGUCCUGCCCUGUAACCCCGAAAAUAAAUGCUGCAAUCACGGAAAAUGUGUUUUUCACAAAACUGACAAGACACAAAAGUGCCCUAAUAAAUUAUGCCAUAAAAUUUGCGAACAAAUUGUAAAACAACACAGAUUUCGCAAUCAUUACCGGUUGGAAAGCUGGAAAGGUCCAACGUGGAUAAACACGGAUGCCACUUUAUGGUGCUAUGAUCCUUGGCAGAUUGCGAAGUGUUAUCUGUCAAAAGAUGGGUACAAGGACAUAAACAACGCUGAAGAGACCGACUUCGCUGGAAUCAUAAAUGUCAUUAUCAACUGUGAAUACUUUCAAAAGUAUUUCAAAGACGAUCUGACGCCUUUCAAUAAAGAUCGGACGCCUAAGAAAAAUGUGGCCACUAAGGCGAGAGAUGUAAGGAAUGAAGUAUGCCAUUCUCCCGAAAUCUCCAUGACAGGCAACGCCAGUGACAGAGCCAUCGACACUCUAGUAGCGUUGUUGCAGAGUCUGAAACAUGUCGAUCACCAGGCCACAUUGAAGACGACAGUUGACAAGUUAACACAGCUGAAGGAUGGAAUGCUAGCAAUUACUACUGAAGAUGUCACAGCCACCUUUGAGCACUUGAAAGAAAAUUUGAUUGCAAAAAUAAAAGAAGCUCUUGAAAAUGAUAAGGAUAAACUUGUAAAAGAAAUGGUCGAUGCUUUAAAUGAACACAAAAGUAAAGCUCUUGAAACAAUACAAACGAAAGGAAAUGACGUCCUUGAAACGGUACAAAGGAAAGGAGAUGAUGUACUUAAAACGGUACAAAGUAAAGGAGAUGACAUAAUUGAAGCGGUACAAAGUAAAGGAGGUUACAUACUUCAAACGGUACAAAGUAAAGGAAAUAAUGUACUAGACACAGUGCAAAUGAAAGGAGAUAAUGUACUUAAAACGGUACAAGGUAAAGUAGAUGAUGUACUUGAAAUGGUACAAAGUAAAGGAGAUGACGUAGUCGAAAAGGUACAAAGAAAAGAAGUUCAAAUACUUGAAAUGGUUCAAAGGAAAGGAGAUGAUGUACUUGAAACGGUUAAGUGUAAAGGAGAUGAUAUACUUGAAACGGUACGAAGGAAAGGAAGUGAUGUACUCGAAACAAUUCGAAGGCAGAAAGAAAGUACAUUAACCGAAAUUCAGGCGCGGUUAAUCGAACAGUACCGGGCAAUAUGUGUUGUGCCGGUGUCCAUGCUGGAUCCUGACAUAGAUGUAUCUUUGGAACGGAUCUACGUUCCCCCGUCCAUCAAGGCACUUAAGAGAGGCCAGGACGACAUACAUGGCGGGAGUGAGAUGGACGAGUCUUCAACGAUGAAAUCAGACGUGAAUUGCUACAAAGAGUUGCUGCAUCGUGACGGGAAUCCGGUUAAUACAAUUUAUAUCCAAGGUGAUCCAGGUUGUGGUAAAACUACGUUUUUAACAAAACUGGUUCUUGAUUGGUGUAAUGCCCAUUCCGAAAAUGGUGCCAGUACUAAGAAAAAAAGAAAAGUCACUACCAGAGGAAAGGCAUCAAACCGAACAGGUUUCAGCGAUCUUGACACUUUGCGAGACUACAAAUUUCUGUUUUUUGUGUCAUUACGUGAUUACAGUGGAACCAUGUGUAACGUCAGCCAGAUGGUCGAGGAAGCCAUACAAAGCAACAAACUACCUUGGGAUGACAGUGUCUGGGAAGAUAAAUGUAUUGUUCUGACAGACGCCGCAGACGAAUGGUACCACCCUGACCCAUCGAAAUCUAACUCAGCGUGCAAGUGUAAAGAUCGAAGUAUGCCACAGUUUUUACAAAGAAAUAACAUUACAAACAUUAUAACCGCACGCCCCUGGAAACUUGCCAACCUCAAAAUGAGCGAUACGUCAACUCGUAUAUUCCAAAUUUCGGGGGUUUUGGACUACAAAACCUUGGCGGAAAAUGUCAUUAAUGUUUUAGCUGAGAAAGACGGUAUUUCGCAAAAGGCUCAACAAAGCAAAUUGUAUGAUUUCUUGAAGAAACUAGAGAAUAAAAACAUGGGAAAUCUCAUGACAAUACCAGCUAUUUGUGUGCAGCUCGUUCAUCAGUAUUACGUUGGACGUUUAAUGGAAGAUUCACUAUGCUCUAUAUACAUGAAUAUGCUAGAUAUGCACAUAGCCAAUGGGUUGCACAAACUUCAAAUUGAAGAUUUUGACACUGAAGAAAUUUGCGUUAAAGAAAUAGAACACAUAUUUGAAACAGGAAAAAACGAGUAUAUGUCGGCUAAUGGGUCGCUAAUUCGCUCUGCAUGUGCACUAGCGUUUAAGACACUAACAGACUCUAGUAAAGAAUCGUCGCUAGUCUUUGCGGAAAACACAAUGACAAACCACAUGACAAAAACACAAGUUGAUUACUUACUUCAGACAGGGAUUAUCACAAAGAAAAAAUCGUUGGCGCUUAGCCAGCAAAAGAAUAUUCCAUACAUGUUCGUACACAAAACUAUUCAGGAGUUUCUAGCAUCGAUGCAUAUUGCAAUUAAUCAGACGGAUAUUGAAGACAUCCUGAAAGACAUACAGAGGGUGUAUUGUGAUGGUGAGUCUAUUCUGGACAUUGGACAGUUAUUUAUCUUCACGUGUGGAAUGUGUGUUCCAGUGGCUGAAAGAAUGUCAAAGCACAUGAUGGAUGUCAUAACAAGCGACAUGAAAAGCAAGCUGCUUUCUAUUUCAGACAUGGAGAUGAAUCUAUUUUCCACGCCUUAUUUAGCACAAAGAAUUUUAUUGGGUGGCUUUAUUGAAAGGUUGGCGAAUAAACAGCCGUGCUUACAACUGACACUCACUCAUAUAUCACUUGAUGAUUAUAGAAGUCCUACCAUCAAGGAAAUCGAUGCUUUAAAUACGUUAAUAGAUAUGAACAUCUCAAACAUCACAAGCAUGGAUGCAUUUUUCUUUUACAAUUAUCAACAGGAAUUAUUAAAUCGUGUACAGGAAAUUAUUUCGCAAUCGAGAGAAUCACUGUCGUAUCUGCGGCUUAUACACCUGGGUGAAUUAGACCUACCAUUAGACCUACAGGGUCUUAAGCUCAAGAGCUUAUCAUGUACUGGAGGUACCGUUUUAAGUAAUUUAGACUGCACCUAUAUGCGUUCGUGUUCUAUAUAUUAUCAAACACCAUUAACAGAGAGGCGCAUCUUACAAUCGAUGUCCUUCACUGGUAAAAACAUUACACAUCUACAUCUGAGUUGGUUUGAAUCAAUUGACCUUCUCUGUGCAGCUCUUCCAAACCUGACUAGUCUACACAUGCUUAAAUUACUCUACACACGCUUAACAAAUCAUGCGGUUACACUGCUGUCCUCUCUUCCUGAAUCGAUCAGAAAGGUAGUUUAUCGAGACAGCAAUGUUUCCGCUCAAGAUGUAAAGUCAAUGGUGGUAUGGUCAAAAUCACGGGACGCGUGUGUGCGUUGUGUAUUGUUGGACUGUGAUAUACCUGCCAAUGAGACGGAUAUUUGUAACUGGAUGAAACAGCAGGACGGCAUUGAUAUUACACAAUGUGAAUUCAAAGACUAUGACAUAUCAGCACGACAUUUAAGCCUACUUAAAGAUCUCUAUAAAAUUUCUAUUUCCUGGAGCACCAUUUUAUCAAAGUGACAAUUAUCAAACAAGUUGUCACAGAUUCAAGACGAAAGGAGAGUGACAUAACACUAAGCACGUUGACAACAUUACAAAUUUACAUUUGCUUCAUAAUUCGAAAUUAAUAAAACUAUACAGAAUUACAAACGCGAAAAGUGAAUAAUCCAAAUGUGCUCGUUUCUUUUUUUGUGUUCUUUAAAUUUGGUGGCGACGCUCAAUUCACUAAUAUCAAUCUUUAAAUGAUUUUGACUCAAGCUUGGACAAAAUGCAAAAACCGUAAACAACACCCUUUUAUGUUAUAUAAUUAGCGUUCGCUUUACUGUGUAAUUAUUAUCAAUAAUUUAUACAACUUCAGGAUGUAGCUAUACAUUCCAUUUGAAAAACGAGUGAAGAGUUUGUUUACGAGUUUGUGUUUUGUCUCUGGUGAUUUGCAUCUCACGGAACACUGAUGUAUUCUAUUUCACUCGUCCUUCGAUAGUUUUAUACGCCAUUUAAUUAUGUUAAAAUAAGUAUUUUUAAUAUAAUAUGUUUUCCAAUUAUUAAGUCACCUAUUCCAUGAGACAAUAUAUUGUGAUGUUUUGUACAGAAUAUGCAAUAUAUAUAUAUAUAUAUAUAUAUAUAUGCAUUAUAAACCUUCCUUUAUAUGUUAACGACUCGUAUAAUUUAUGUUAUGUGUAAUCAUGUGUUAUUUAUGAAUGAAAA